AUGGCUCGAAAAGUGCGACUUCAUGAAUAUGGAGAAAUUGGCAAAUACUAUGUAUCGUCGCCAGAAACAAGGAACCAAGCCGACGAGCUUGAAACAAAGCUUUGUCGACUGCUCGACCGGCCUAUCUCAAACGACACUUUGUCUCGUGGCGAGAAUCUCGCUAUUGAGCUACAUAGCUCACACCUUGCUUUUGUACACUCAGCAUUACUUCACCUCCAUCGUCGUGUGCAGCUGCAUCCCAAGGAUUCUAUCAAGGUCAGGACGGAUGUAGCCAACAUCCUCAACGCUGUGCGCGCAAUUGAACCCCACUCCUCUAUCAACGUACUUAUCCUGUGGCCAAUAUUCAGCGCUGGGUGUGAGACCGAAGAUAGUGAGGUGCAAAGUGCAAUAUUCGCUCGCAUGGGGAACAUGCAGGCUCGAGGCAUGGGUAACUUCACCAGAGCCAGAGAGGUCUUGCGCCAAUACUGGACGUCCCGCAGCGAUUUACCUUGGGAUGUUCAUCUCGCGCGACUUGGGCUCGAGCUUGUUUUGUUCUAG